CGCGCUCAGUGAUGGAUCAGAUCAGCGCAGCGGGCGUCGCUUAUAAUCAAGACAUAACACAUAAGACGAUCCUGGUCGGAGACAGCGGUGUGGGGAAAACAUCUCUGCUGGUUCAGUUUGAUCAGGGAAAGUUCAUCCCCGGCUCUUUUUCUGCUACUGUGGGAAUCGGCUUCACGAAUAAAGUUCUUACAGUGGAAGAGCUGAAGGUGAAGUUACAGAUCUGGGACACUGCAGGACAGGAGAGAUUUCGCAGCGUCACACACGCGUAUUACAGAGACGCUCAGGCGCUGCUCCUGCUCUAUGACAUCACCAGCAAAUCAUCCUUCGACAACACACGGGCGUGGCUUACGGAGAUCCAUGAAUAUGCUCAGGAUGAUGUGGUCAUCAUGUUGCUUGGUAACAAGUCUGACAUGUCCAGCUCGAGGGUGAUCAGACGAGAAGACGGAGAGAAACUCGCCAGGGAAUAUGGGGUGAUUUUCCUGGAGACCAGCGCCAAAACUGGUCUCAAUGUGGACGAGGCCUUCAUGACCGUGGGCAAAGAGCUGGUGAGACGCUCUGUUCAGCUUCCCGUCGAGCCGCCGUUUCACCUUCACGACAUGAUGGAGCCGCAGAAAGAGACGUCAGGCUGCUGUUUCAGUUAAAACUGAGAAAACAGAGACAAACAGCAGAUGCAGACGCUCACUUCUCAGCCAGCAGACAUUCACAAUCCUUAUUGACUAAUGAAUCCUGAUAUACAGUUGAAGUCUGAAUUAUUCGCCCUCCUGUAUAUUGUUCCCCAGUUUCUGUUUAACAGAGAUUUCUUUAACACAUUGCUAAUCAUAAUAGUGUUAAUAACUCAUCUCUAAUAACUGAUUUAUUUUCUCUUUGUCAUGAUGACAGUAAAUAAUAUUAGACUAGAUAUUCUUCAAGACACUUCUAUACAGCUUAAAGUGACAUUU